AUGGAGAGGACAGAGAAGACUAAGAUAAUGUUUGCAGUGACAGAGUCGAAGCGCCAUGGCUACCCUCACCCCUCCGCAAUCAGCAGAAGAGCUGUGUUCUGGACUCUUGAAAAGAUCGUUCGCUAUAACACAAGUGGUUUCCAUCUUUCCUUCAUCCACGUCCAUUCCCCUGCCGCUACUUGUACACAAUUGGAGAAGAACAACUCAAACGGAGAUGCACUGCUGCAGUAUUUUAUCAACAGAUGUAAUUCGCUGGAGAUUGAUUCUGAAGCAAUCAACAGGGCAGGUCUCAAUGUGAGCAAAAUUAUCUGCAAAGAAGCGAAACGAAAAAAUGCAGAUCUUUUGGUUGUGGGAGGUAUAGCACGUCAACGCACUAGUCUUGAUCUUUGGAAGAGGAUUUUUUCUGCUGAGGUGAUUGAACAUUGUGUGGGGCAUGCCAAGUGCCCAGUUCUGACUUACAGACGCAGUGAAGAUGAUAAUAAUGAGGAUGAGAUUGAUUAUGAUCGGGUGGCCGGUGGUCAGCGCCAGGACUGA